CGGCAAACACUGUCUUCAUCCACUUGACUCCCAAGACCCGCCCACACGUGGCCAACCUUUUUCGUUUUUAAUGCUUUUUCACUGCAGGUUCAUGUGUUGAGACCAACCUUAUAUGGACUGAUCAGCCUGGUAAUGGCUUAUUUCCCCCUAACACCCAGCAGUAGCGCAAUAUCCAUGAGCUAGAUAUACCACUUCAGUCACCUUGGCGUUCUUCCUGGACUUACAGAACUGAUUUCUCCCCUACUUUUUUGCUUCUUUCUUCUUCUUUUUUUUUAUUCUCUCAAGCAACGGUUACCGAUCGAACCUCAUGCGUCGACUUCAGUUUACUUCGCGCUGAAACGGGACUGAUCCUGUGUUUUUUAAAUCAUCUGUGUUUUGUGUUUUUAUACAGAGGAUUGCCAAACUGGUGCAGCAACUUUACUGCUUCAAAUGCCCCAGAACAUGUCGUUGACCAACACAAAGACGGGCUUUUCAGUAAAGGACAUUUUGGACCUCCCUGAUACUAACGAUGAAGAAGGAUCUAUCACGGGGAAUGAGGAAGAUACGGAAGGUUCUGAGGCGACUAAAACGCCUGGAGUGAAUGUUCAAAACCUGCCUUUAAAGAAUCCGUUUUACGAUAAUAGUGACAAUCCUUACACCAGAUGGCUCGCGACUACGGACAGCAUCCAAUACUCAUUACACGGCCUAUCCGCAAACUCUCAAGACUCGUCUGCAAAAUCCCCGGAACCUUCAGCGGACGAGUCGCCAGACAACGACAAGGAAACUUCGAGCAACGGCAGCGACUCCGGUAAGAAGCGCAAAAGGAGGGUGCUCUUUUCCAAGGCACAAACUUACGAACUCGAGCGCCGGUUUAGACAACAGAGAUAUCUGUCAGCCCCGGAGAGGGAGCAUCUCGCCAGUUUGAUCCGCCUGACUCCAACCCAAGUGAAAAUCUGGUUCCAGAACCAUCGAUACAAAAUGAAGAGAGCCCGGGCGGAGAAAGGUAUGGAAGUGACCCAUCUCCCUUCUCCUAGGCGGGUGGCCGUGCCUGUGUUAGUCAGAGAUGGCAAGCCUUGCCAUACGCUAAAAGCUCAGGACUUGGCUACUUUUCAUGCUGGAAUUCCGUUCUCCGCGUAUAGCGCCCAGUCUCUCCAGCAUAUGCAAUUUAACGCGCAUUACAGCGCCGCCACCACGCCACAGUUCCCAACAGCACAUCACUUGGUGCAAACGCAACAGUGGACUUGGUGAACAAAUAUUGACUUGCAAAGGCAGGGCUGCGUUUUAAAGACUCUGGUAGGGAGCUUUCCAAACAAAAAAUACAAGACUUUUUAUUUUUGCAGCUUGACCCUGUCUCACCAAUUUAUUUUGGGGAUUGACGUGUGCGCCAUGUUUACAUGUUUUCGUUAAGAAAACCGGGUCAAGCCUCACCCCAAAUUUAAGAUUAUUGAAGCUCUUGUGAAAUUUUGUAAAGUAUGUUUGUGUGUUGUAGAAUUUUUUUUUUUCCUUUUGACCUUCGUGUUUUAAGCACGCGUGCAAACCACUUUAUGAUUAUAUAAAUUUUUAUUUCGUUCUUUUACAAUGGACUGAAUAUAUUUAUGGCCAUGAAUAAACAUUGGCAAUCUUUAGCUUA